AUGGCCUUUUACAACCCUAAAACCCUCCUUGCUCUCCUCCUCGUCUUCAGCAUCCUGCUUGCCACAACUGAUCACACAAUCGCCGGCCGCAAAACUCCAAAACACUCAAAGAACGCAGACAAGAAACAGCCUCAGUUUCUGGUCGACACGGACGGCAGUUUCCUUGUUCCGGGCAUCGGCCGUUUCAUGUUCCCGAAAAAAGGACACGGGUUCAACCCGUUCACCUACAAUCCAGUCACCGGCACCAGCGGAGGAUCAGCCGGCGGCGGCGGCAGCAGCAGCGGAACUGGUGGCGGCGCAAGCCCCAGCUACGUUCCCGGCGGCGACGAUACGCUCGUCCCUAACCCCGGUGUCGAGGUCCCCUCGGGCGGCGGCAGCCCUUCCGCACCAGCUAAAUGUGAUUUCAACCUCGGAUUGUGCACUUGUAGGCCACCGGUUUUAAAUAGUGGUAUCGGAAAACGUAAUGGUGAUACGGCGCGGUCAUAG